GGGCCGACGCGGGCCAGGGGCGGGGCGCGCCGCUUGUCUCCUGCGAGGGCCGCGGGGGCCGCGGAGCUGGAGCCGGAGCUGAAGCCGGAGCCGAAGCCGGAGCCGGGCUGGAGUCUGGGCGGGGGCCGGGCCGGAGCGGGCUCCAGAGACAUGGGGUCGACCGACUCCAAGCUGAACUUCCGGAAGGCGGUGAUCCAGCUCACCACCAAGACGCAGCCUGUGGAAGCCACCGAUGAUGCCUUUUGGGACCAGUUCUGGGCAGACACAGCUACCUCGGUGCAGGAUGUGUUUGCACUGGUGCCGGCAGCAGAGAUCCGGGCCGUGCGGGAAGAGUCACCCUCCAACUUGGCCACCCUGUGCUACAAGGCCGUUGAGAAGCUGGUGCAGGGAGCCGAGAGUGGCUGCCACUCAGAGAAGGAGAAGCAGAUCGUCCUGAACUGCAGCCGGCUACUCACCCGUGUGCUGCCCUACAUCUUUGAGGACCCCGAUUGGAGGGGCUUCUUCUGGUCCACAGUGCCCGGUGCAGGGCGAGGAGGGCAGGAAGAGGAUGAUGAGAAUGCCAGGCCCCUGGCUGAGUCCCUGCUCCUGGCCAUUGCCGACCUGCUCUUCUGCCCGGACUUCACGGUCCAGAGCCACCGGAGGAGCACUGUGGAUGCGGCGGAGGACGUCCACUCCCUGGACAGCUGUGAAUACAUCUGGGAGGCUGGUGUGGGCUUCGCUCACUCCCCCCAGCCUAACUACAUCCACGAUAUGAACCGGAUGGAGCUGCUGAAACUGCUGCUGACAUGCUUCUCCGAGGCCAUGUACCUGCCCCCAGCUCCGGAAAGUGGCAGCACCAACCCAUGGGUUCAAUUCUUUUGUUCCACGGAGAACAGACAUGCCCUGCCCCUCUUCACCUCCCUCCUCAACACCGUGUGUGCCUAUGACCCUGUGGGCUACGGGAUCCCCUACAACCACCUGCUCUUCUCUGACUACCGGGAACCCCUGGUGGAGGAGGCUGCCCAGGUGCUCAUUGUCACUUUGGACCACGACAGUGCCAGCAGUGCCAGCCCCACUGUGGACGGCACCACCACUGGUACCGCCAUGGAUGAUUCCGAUCCUCCAGGCCCUGAGAACCUGUUUGUGAACUACCUGUCCCGCAUCCAUCGUGAAGAGGACUUCCAGUUCAUCCUCAAGGGUAUAGCCCGGCUGCUGUCCAACCCCCUGCUCCAGACCUACCUGCCUAACUCCACCAAGAAGAUCCAGUUCCACCAGGAGCUGCUAGUUCUCUUCUGGAAGCUCUGCGACUUCAACAAGAAAUUCCUCUUCUUCGUGCUGAAGAGCAGCGACGUCCUAGACAUCCUUGUCCCCAUCCUCUUCUUCCUCAACGAUGCCCGGGCCGAUCAGUCUCGGGUGGGCCUGAUGCACAUUGGCGUCUUCAUCUUGCUGCUUCUGAGCGGGGAGCGGAACUUCGGGGUGCGGCUGAACAAGCCCUACUCGAUCCGCGUGCCCAUGGACAUCCCAGUCUUCACGGGGACCCACGCCGACCUGCUCAUUGUGGUGUUCCACAAGAUCAUCACCAGCGGGCACCAGCGGCUGCAGCCCCUCUUCGACUGCCUGCUCACCAUCGUGGUCAACGUGUCCCCCUACCUCAAGAGCCUGUCCAUGGUGACCGCCAACAAGUUGCUGCACCUGCUGGAGGCCUUCUCCACCGCCUGGUUCCUCUUCUCUGCUGCCCAGAACCACCACCUGGUCUUCUUCCUCCUGGAGGUCUUCAACAACAUUAUCCAGUACCAGUUUGAUGGCAACUCCAACCUGGUCUACGCCAUCAUCCGCAAGCGCAGCGUCUUCCACCAGCUGGCCAACCUGCCCGUGGACCCGCCCACCAUUCACAAGGCCCUGCAGCGGCGCCGGCGGACACCCGAGCCCUUGUCUCGCACCGGCUCCCAGGAGGGCACCUCCAUGGAGGGCUCCCGCCCCGCUGCCCCUGCAGAGCCAGGCACCCUCAAGACCAGCCUGGUGGCUACUCCAGGCAUUGACAAGCUGACUGAGAAGUCCCAGGUGUCAGAGGAUGGCACCUUGCGGUCCCUGGAGCCUGAGCCCCAGCAGAGCUCGGAGGAUGGCAGCCCGGCCAAGGGGGAGCCCAGCCAGGCAUGGAGGGAGCAGCGGCGACCAUCCAGCUCAUCAGCCAGUGGGCAGUGGAGCCCAACACCAGAGUGGGUCCUCUCCUGGAAGUCAAAGCUGCCGCUACAGACCAUCAUGAGGCUGCUGCAGGUGCUGGUUCCGCAGGUGGAGAAGAUCUGCAUUGACAAGGGCCUGACGGAUGAGUCUGAGAUCCUGCGGUUCCUGCAGCAUGGCACCCUGGUGGGGCUGCUGCCCGUGCCCCACCCCAUCCUCAUCCGCAAGUACCAGGCCAACUCGGGCACUGCCAUGUGGUUCCGCACCUACAUGUGGGGCGUCAUCUAUCUGAGGAAUGUGGACCCCCCUGUCUGGUACGACACCGACGUGAAGCUGUUUGAGAUACAGCGGGUGUGAGGAUGAAGCCGGCGAGGGGCUCAGUCUACGGGAAGGCAGGGCCGUGGUCCCUGAGGCUUCCCCCAUCCACCAUUCUGAGCUUUAAAUUACCACGAUCAGGGCCUGGAACAGGCAGAGUGGCCCUGAGUGUCAGGCCCUAGAGACCCCUGUGGCCAGGACAAUGUGGACCGGCUCCGAUCCCCCUCAACCCCUAGGCUGGACUCACAGGAGCCCCAUCUCCGGGGCUACGCCCCCACCAGAGACCACUGCCCCCAACACUCGGACUCCCCCUUUAAGACCUGGCUCAGUGCUGUCCCCUCAGUGCCCACCCACUCCUGUGCUACCCAGCCCCAGAGGCAGACGCCACUGGGUCACUGUGCCCUAAGGGGUUUGACCAGGGAACCACAGGCUGUCCCUUGAGGUGCCUGGGCAGGGUGAGGGGGUGCUUCCAGCCUCCUAACCCAAAGCCAGCUGUUCCAGGCUCCAGGGGAAAAAGGUGUGGCCCGGCUGCUCCUCGAGGAGGCUGGGAGCUGGCCGACUUCAAAAGCCAGACCGGGGCACCUCCCGUAUCCUUGGGGCAUGGUGUGGGGUGGUGAGGGUCUCCUGCUGUAUUCUCCUGGGUCCGUGGAAAUAGCCUGGCUCCCUCUUACCCAGUAAUGAGGGGCAGGGAAGGGAACUGGGGGGCAGCCGUUUAGUCCUCCCUGCCCUGCCCACUGCCUGGAUGGGGCGAUGCCACCCCUCAUCCCUCCCCCAGCUCUGGCCUCUGGGUCCUGCCCCCCAGCCCCCCCGUGUCAGAACAAUCUUUGCUCUGUACAAUCGGCCUCUUUACAAUAAAACCUCCUGCUCCAC